GUGAGGAGCUGUGCGGGGCGUCUCAUAGACCUCAGGAGAAAGCAGUCCUGGGCGGUGCCCCUGGACCAGAGGAGGCAAGGCCGUGACCCACGGGAGCGACGCCACGUAGCACUAACCCUGACCGACGCCAGGAGGCCCCCUAGAAACACCGAGUCGCCAGGGCGACUGCAGCCUCAACAGGGAAAGAAGAUGCUAAUUAAAGUGAAGUUGCUGACUGGAAAGGAGAUUGAGAUUGACAUUGAACCCACAGACAAGGUGGAGCGAAUCAAGGAGCGUGUGGAGGAGAAAGAGGGAAUCCCACCACAGCAGCAGCGGCUCAUCUACAGUGGCAAACAGUUGAAUGAUGAGAAGACAGCUGCUGACUACAAGAUUCUAGGUGGCUCUGUCCUCCACAUGGUCUUGGCUCUGAGAGGAGGAGGUGGCCUUAGGCAAUGAUGAGUCUUCCCUCUACUUUACCUCCUUUACCCUAUCGCUCCUAAUGAAGCAUAUGUUCUCUCACUGGCUGGGACGCCCAAGCCAUCGCCCUCUCUCUUGGCUGCCCAGUCUUGUGUGUCUACUGGUGGGAGACUGUGAGGACCCCGGGAUGCAGUGCUCUUGGCCCAAAGGGCCUUCGCUGGCUAUUGGGUUUUAGUUUGCAGUCCUGUGUGCUUCCCACUCUUAUGGCUGU